AUGUACUCAGGCGGAUUCAACUGGAAAUCUAACGCACCCCCACCCCUUGGCUCCUUCCCAGCCGCCAACAAUCAAGCUCGUUUUCCGUCCACGCCUAGCUCGCAGGGUCACUUUUCACCCGCGCCUAGCUCUCGUGGUCUCUUUCCUACUGCGCGCCAUGCCGAUGGUCAACUUGCCCUUCUCCCAGGAGCACCACCUGCCGCUUCUUAUUCUUCCGAGUCCCGUGCUAUUCCCUUGUCGCUUCAACGUCCUCUUCCAGGAACCGGUCAACCAGCAGAUUCUUCUUAUCACGUUCAUCGUAGCACAAACAUAGAUCUAGCACAGCCAAACCAGACUCGAUCGCAUCCUCCACCCAUACACACCCAAGAAAAUCUACCAACAUUGGACACUACAACACACCAUCAUCAGUCCAACAACCAAACUAGAUACUGUCCCACUCCGGCGCGCACCAACCCAGACAACUUACCCACCCCAGCAUUGACGCGAAUUUCACAGUCAAACAACCCAAACUCAUCCCGCUUAAAUGUACCGCAGCACAACCAGACUCAAUCACACCCUCUACUCCAACGCACCCAAGGUCAAUUACCAACAUCGCACACCACACCGCUUUUUCAGUCCAAAAACCAGACUGGGUAUUGUCCUCCUCCCGCCCACGCCCAGCCAGACAGCUUACCAACAGCAGAUUCCGCGCAAAAUUCCCAGUCGGACCACCGGAACCCAUCCCGUACUGCAGACGAAUUAGAAGCUGAUCUUCUGUCCGAAAUCAACAGUUUCACAGCUACCACCAGCGGAAUUACUUCUCGUGGUAGGGGUAGAGGCCAAGGAUUGCGCGGCGGCAGAGGAAGCAGAGGAGGGAAAGUAGUAAGAGGCGGCAGAGGUUCAAGAGGUGGGAGAGGCAGGGGUGGUCACUCGAAUACUGGCAGCAGAGGGGUUUCCCCAGUUGAAGAGACGCCAUCGCAGAACACAUCGUUCCUUCCUUUCAAUAACCUGGAAGACAACAAGAAUGACGAAGGUACUCCUGCAAACGACGAAAAUACUCCUGUUGAGAGGCAACAGCUCAAGCCUCACAUUAUGGAUGAGCUUCAAAAGCUAGAGUUGGACGAGCUGCGUCGCCGGGCUGUGAAAUAUGCUCACUAUAAACGUCUUGUCCCUGAUGAUCGGAUUGAGUUGAGUAAAGCAUACUUUCAAUAUCAGAAGGAAGUUUACUUGAUUAUCUGCAAGCAAAAACUCCAUGUAAAUCCUCCUCUUGAGCAUCUAGGGCUACUCUCUCGGAUCAAAGGAUCAACAUGUUACAACAAUUUUUGCAAGUAUGAUGAAGUGGCAAGCAAAACAUUCACCGAUCCUUCUAUCCACGUCAACGAGCGCAUGAGCUUAUGCGGAGAGCUUUGGGAUGAGCUUGACCAAGAAACACAGGACAUGUGGAAAGACCCGGAAUUUGUCAAAGCAAAGAAAAAACUACUCGGUCCAGCGGAAACUGAAACUCAGCCUGACAAUAUUGGUUCCUUACCACUGAAAAGGAAGGCACGCUUCAAAAUUCAUGAAUGGGCCAGGAGGAUGAAAAAGGAUAUGCAAAACUUGAGUACAGCCCACAACUUGGAAGGCUUUUUCGUAAUUGUACCGAGGGACCCAGAAUCCGGCUUGCUUGUUACUGGUGGUAGUCUGCUAGGGGACCAGUUUGUCGACAUGAUGACCUGUAGGGUUCCCAAUCCUUGCCGAAGUUUUUAUUCGUUUGUUAGUGGUCAGGCGGCAAUCCAGCAGAUAUCGGGAAAAGAACCACCCGCCCCAGUCCAAUCAAAGACUUCAAACACUUCCAAGCAAGGAAAGAAAGGAGUCGAAAAACCAGAGGAUGCUUAUUCAAACGGUGACAAACGUGCUAAUCUCGAUGCAGUGCGUGAGCAGUUGGCAAAAGCAAUCUAUGAUGCUACCCAUGGUGUACAUGAUAAAGGUUGGCCGGGAACCCAUACAAAAAAGGUUCUUUCCAAGUUGGAUGUUAUAUUGCAGGUGAAGAACAACCCCUGUGGGGUCACACCAGAGGAAUUUUGUGGCCGACUCACAGACAUGAAGAACAGACGCCUAAAGCGAAUCCUCAUGGCGUUAGAAGAAGGAUGGGUUGAGUUAACAGGCCCACCCGUACCUCAAGUUGAAGAAAAUGGCUUUGCUGCUAUCGGUGGGGCUAUGCUCAACAGCGACAGUGAUGCGAGUGGGAACGGUGCAAGGAACUCGGGCGCUCCAGACAAGGAAAGAACGGUCGUGCGGGCUGGAUCAAAAUGGAAGAAGCCAGCUAAAAAAAAGGCAUUACGGAAAGGCAUACCAAAAGGCAAGGAGAAGUCUCCAAUUCUAAUUUAUCUCGGGGUCGGGGCAAGAAACGUAAGACACCAAGUUGUGAUAGUGCGAGCAAUCACCUGCGCACUGCAAAGAAGCGGCGAUUGGUCAUCAGUGAUAGCGAAGAUGAUGAUACUGAUGAAGACUUAUGAAACUUAA